AUGUUUCCAGUAGAAUACAUCUAUGCAGAUUGGUUUGGAUGGCAAGCAUACAAUCAAGCACAGCGGGCAGAUUCAGAAUCUCUCAUAAGUUUAUCUGAGCAAACUUUAGUAGCCGGAAGUCUAACAGAAGGCUAUUGCAUUCCCCAGUUCUUUCUCCGAAAAAAUGGCAUUGACCAUGGUAAAGCCUUUGAUUUGGAUGAUGUGGAAGAACAUUGGCGAUGUGAUUUAGACUUGAUGACAACAAAUGAAUCCUUUGUUGAAAUCGAUGAAAAGACACGCAUACCGAUAUUCACUGUUGAACAUCUAGAAGAUGACCCAAAGUUUGUCAAGCUUCGGUUGACAAAAGAGUGGAAAGAACAUCGUCCACGUUAUAAGAAUGUUUCCUACCUUCAUCAGUCAUAUUUGCUUCCUUCAGCAGAUCAUUCUAUGCACGGCACAGAGUCGACUUCUUUUCAUGGCAAGAAGAGCAAGUGGUCAUACACGCUUCAUGGUCCUGUGCGUAAACUUAAGUCCAAUGGAUUUACCAGUUUCGAAAGAGAUGAAACUGAUGUGUUCAGGUAUCCAACCGCAUGGCCCGGACCUGCCAUGGAAUGGUUGAUUCGACCACGCCCAAGUGGUUGGCCCUCGGUCGACCUUAUACAAGAAAUAUUUGACUCCGGUUGUCAUUUGGCUCCUUGUGGUAGAGGGAGGCGCAUUCACGAGCCUGUGGAAAUGCUUAAGUAUUUCCAAAACCCGGAGCUCUAUGAUGGUGGGUCUACUGCACAAGCUUCGUUGUCCGUAACUAAACAUGACAUAAAGAUCAUGGACAAAACAGAAUGGAAAACAUCCUUCUCAAUAGCCGAAAAUAAGCUCGGUGCAAGUAUAUCGCCCGUUCAGCGACAUGUAAUUGUUCUGUUAAAAAUUAUCAAGAAAUUUUACUUUCCAAAGGUGGUAUCCACGUAUUGCCUGAAAACUAUCAUGUUCUGGGAAUGCCAGAAUAGACCGAGGGAGUUUUGGAAAGAAAAUAACUCUGCUAAAUGCAUUCUGGUUAUGUUGGAUCGCCUCCAAGAGUGCUUAGAGGCUAAUUCUUUGCCACACUUCUUCAUUCCACGGAGCAAUCUUUUGCAGUAUGAAGAUCCUACCAAACUUAAAGAAGCUGCUGCCAUUGUGUCCGAUGUAAAACGAAACAUUUUUUCAAAGACAACGAGUUUAUUGAAAAGGCUCCAGUCACUGAGUUAUAUGUCACACAUAUACCUUAGAGGUGUCGGUGCCCAACUCGAUAACCAUCUGCUAAAAAUGCAAGACAAGAAUCUCUCAGAAAAAGAUCACAGAGAAAUGCUCGUAUCUCUCCUUGCCCUUUUUGUUCGGAAAUGCAAGGAAGUGAUUAAGAGCUUAAUUCAAGCAGAUCCUGUCUGUGAGGGUCAAAAUAUGGAAAAAGAAUUGAAUAUUUGUUUACAAGUUUAUCAAUCGAUACUUGCACGGAAUUUGUACAAGCUGUGGUUUACCAGGAGCAGAGAUAAUGCCAAGAAUGACGAACAGGAGAAAGUGAAUGACUUCACGUCAUUCGUUAAGGAAGAGGUUAAGGAUCUUUCUUUGCGUGAAGACUUCGUUGCACUUUCCCUUCAUUUCUUCUAA